ACCUGCGAUAACAUCUGCAAAAUACUGUAUGCGUACGCGACCAAUAAAAAUAUUAUUCGAUUUGAUUUAAGCUUGCUGUAUCACCAGCUUGCAAAGCUUCCAUUCAAAGUCUGAUCACAUGAAAAAGUAGUGGUGACGGGGCGGGAUUUAAUGGCGUCAUUCUACACAUCCGCCAAUCACAGCCUUUGUUUUGCGACUUCCCUUUCGAUGAAAACCAUUCUGUCAUGUCGCUGUAGCGUUCAGUGUGGCACGGCUUGGCGGCGAGGAAUGUAACAAUCAUGCGAAACAUGUGUCAGGGUAUAAGUAUAUCACAACGGUUUUUAUUUAUUCACUAGAAAAAUACAUCCACUAUGGCAAAAUAGUUUCCCUGUUAACACAGAACAGCCGCAAAGUCACUGUCGAGACCGCGAGGUUUUUAAUCGGGGGAGGGCAAAUAUUAGCUUGUGAAGCUAACGUUACAUAUACUCGUUUUUGCUAGCAACUGACCUCUACCAAAACACGGCGCAUUGGACUAGUGAUCAAUAAGUUACAAAUUCCUUCUCGUCAGCCCUCCUACCAACCCAAAGUGGUGCCCUGCGUACGGGUCCUGUGAAUAUGAGACAGAAUGAGUCAGAGAGAUACCCUGGUUCAUCUGUUUGCUGGAGGGUGUGGGGGAACGGUAGGAGCCAUCCUGACCUGUCCCCUGGAGGUGGUGAAGACCAGACUACAGUCAUCCCACAUCACACUCUACGUGUCUGAGGUGCAGCUCAGUACUGUCAAUGUGCCCAGCGUAGCACGCAUGUCCCCUCCGGGACCUUUGCACUGCCUCAAGUUGAUUCUUGAGAAAGAAGGAGCCCGCUCUCUGUUCAGGGGCCUGGGGCCUAAUCUAGUGGGCGUGGCCCCCUCCAGAGCCAUCUAUUUUGCUGCGUACUCCAGUGCCAAAGAGAGACUGAAUGGAGUGUUUCAGCCAGACUCUACACAGGUCCACAUGGUGUCUGCUGGCUUGGCAGGGUUCACAGCCAUCACAGCUACCAACCCUAUCUGGCUCAUCAAGACUCGCAUGCAGCUGGACUCCAGGAACCGCGGGGAGAAGCCCAUGAAUGCAUUUGAGUGUUUGCGGCGGGUGUACCAGACAGAAGGCCUGCGAGGGUUCUACCGGGGAAUGUCAGCGUCCUACGCUGGAAUCUCAGAGACUGUGAUCCACUUUGUCAUAUACGAGAGCAUCAAGCGGCGCAUCCUGGAGGCCAAGGCCACGCAGCACAUGGACGAAGAGUCGUCCAAGGAUGCCUCAGACUUUGUGGGGAUGAUGCUCGCCGCUGCCACCUCCAAGACCUGUGCCACAUCCAUUGCUUACCCCCACGAAGUGAUCCGGACCCGGCUACGGGAGGAAGGCACCAAGUACCGUUCCUUCUUCCAGACUCUGACCACGGUGCCCAAGGAAGAGGGCUACCGGGCGCUCUACCGCGGCCUCACCACCCACCUGGUGCGCCAGAUCCCUAACACCGCCAUCAUGAUGUGUACCUACGAACUAGUGGUCUACAUGCUAAACGGUUAACCUUUGUCCCUUGACCUACGACCCCAGAUUAAACCCUAGAGAGAUGGGCCUACGCCCCACGUUGGACCAAUGGCACAAAGAGACCCCCAAGAAACAGGAGAGGGACCAGGUACUCAUCUCUCACACCCAGUCCCUCCAUCCUGUCUAAAACGAAAGCAAAUUGUCCCAAAAGCACCCUGUUUUGGGAUGGGGGUUGCGUUGUUUUCAGAGGUGCACGACACAGGAAGAGGGGUUGGUAGACAGGAAAUAGCCAUGUUUGUUUUGGGGAUAUGGUUUAAAGGUGUUUAAAAAGAAGCAGUGUCAUUGAAAAUGAGUUCUUAGGAGCCCUUUCUCCCUCAUUUUCUUGCCCUCUCUUAUUGUCUCCUAAAUAAGCUGCUUUACAAGAGCAUAGCUUACUGGAGCAGAUACAGUGGGGAGAACACUCCAGCUAUUUUAGUCUAACAAUGUUAAUCAUUUCUCUGGUUUGUGUGUCAAGGGGGCAGUAGAGUAGAGGCUUGUUGAGUGCAGUGAGGUCUUAAGAAUUGGGUUAAAGGUUUGAGCGAGGUGGAUAGGGGAUGUGCCUUGCCUUGCGUGACAACUUCAACUGACCGGUAAAGAUGCACAAUGAUGAGGAAGAGAAGCAAAGGUCAAACCAGCCCGUUUCUGGAUCUCAUUAAACCACAGUUGGACCGCAGGCAUUCAGAACCACACAAUGCUGGUCGGGUCCGCAUUGCACUCAGGACCAAGCCUGGUCCCCUCCACCCCAGGUCAGCAAGCUCACAGGUCAUCCCUACAGCCAGGUCUAACGUAACCGCUGGCUGGCUGGCCGGCCCUGACUAACACUAAGGCUUGAAACUCAGACAGCAGUCUUUACAGUGCUCUCUUUGUGUGGAUGUUCUGUAAUGUGGGUGAUGGUAAGAACCUUUUGACCCACUCCCUCAUACCACCCAGACUGACCAGAAUCAUCUGCCAUUUUAAACUACUUGAAUGUUAAUCAACACAAGGAAUAACAAACGAAAGACUAUGGGAGCAUUGUCUCACAUCAUAUAGCAACUUUGUGUAAAUAUUCUAAGAGAGAAAAUGCAUAAAAAGUUUACGAACUCAACACAAUUCUGAAAUCGUAUAAGUGUCUUCAUAAGAUGUAACAUUGUUGCAUUUUCCUACCCAGUCAUGGGAGUUUAAACAGUUUUUUGGGGGGAGAUUGGAGGGUGAACCUCAAGGUUUCCCCUCCUCCCCCCUUUGACAUACAGUAUUGUGUGAUUUCUUUCUGCACUUUUCUAUAGACCUGCUCUGACCUCUAGUUGCAUCUCUUCUUUCCCUGCCUCAGAAUCCACAUGUUACCAAUGAGACUAUCCUCUGUCUGGUGUUCACUUUGGGAAUAAUAUAUGCCAUUUAGCAGACGCUUUUAUCCAAAGCGACUUAGUCAUGUGUGCAUACAUUCUACGUAUGGGUGGUCCCGGGAAUCGAACCCACUACCCUGGCGUUACAAGCGCCAUGCUCUACCAACUGAGCUACAGAAGGACCACCAGAUGGAAUUCUCUUGUGUACGUGUGUGAAAUGCUACACGAUAAGGAGACCCUGUGUUGUCUAUCCCCAUACUUUAUGCAGUAUGUGUUUUUACAAGUUGACUACAUUUGAGGAAAAAAAAAAAAUGUAUGCCUUAAACAGAAAGAUGCUUGCUGUCUACUUUCCACUCCCUUUAUUUAGCUGUUUUUCCUGUUAUUUUGAAACUGUGAGAACUCAAUGUUCACAUUCAGUCUUGUGUAACCAUAGAGACGACCUUACCUACUGACCUUUCCCCACUCACAUGAUAUGAGCACAAAGAGCCUUCCCAGCACAUGUAAGCAUCACUGCAGCCAUUCAGUCAAAUAUCCACAGGUCACACUAAUGCUAGAAAUAAGAAUUAGGUUCAUAACAUGCUUACUGUUCCUUAAGAGGGGGUGCACAACCACAUUUAAGUUGCACCUGUAUUAGUCUGUCUCACUCGUCAUAAUUCAUGAUUUUAGAAACAUUCUAUUCUUACCGACUUUAAAAUGUCAAUACAUUUACCAUUAAUUUCUAUUGGGCACAAAAUAAUCUGAAACACAACCAAAACAAACAGCAAAUGCAUCAAACACAUUUGUAGUCGUAAUCUUGACGUAAUCAUUGCAUGCUAUGAAUAUGGGGCCAAAUACUUAACUUUUUACUACACCUAAGUGCAUUUGUCCCAAUACUUUUGGUCCCCUAAAAUGGGGAGACUGCCAAAAAACAAUGUGUCACUGUCCCAGUACUUGGAGCUCCCUGUAUUAUUUUUUUAAUUGAUCCACGAGGGCCGCCAGUUGCACAUCCCUGACCAACAUGUGCAUGUUUCUACAUUGGGUCUGUGUGCUUAUAACCAGAGACAUUUGGUACUCUGUCCUUUCACAUGGGUCUGUUCUCAUCUUGUCCCUGAAUGUCUGUAUUGUGUGUUCGAGAGCGUGUUUCUGUUCCAUAUGAUUCUUGACCUGCUCUUUUUUAUUUUGUAGGUGUGUGUCAGAAGUAUGCUCUGUCAUUAAUGGACUGUUUUUCCAUUUGUUUCCUCUAAUUUGCUCGUGAGGUCUUUGACCAGCCUCCUAGAUGCGUGGCUGACUAUGCAUUCUUCUCACACCCCUGGUUUGGAAAACAAAUUUCCAUAAAUGGGAAAGGGUGCUCGGGGCAAUUGUGUGGUUUGAUUGUUUCCAGAAAAUGUCUAACUUUACCGGCAAGGAAAGAAACCGUUCACUACUGUUUUUAUAACCAGCAGAUGGCAGUAUUGACUUCAGGUGCCUGCAGCAAACUACCAAGUCGCUUAUAACAAACACACCCAAGUUUCCAUUUGUAUUAGUGGUAUGUACGGGAUACAUGGCAUACACCAUCCAACUAAAUGCUUACGUGCAGUUUCUUCACAGUGCCACAAAAAGAAAAUAAGAACAAAGUAAAUGGCUCCGUAAAAUAUUUGAUCAUAAGUAUAAUACAGGAAGGCACAAUUUAUAGUCCAAUAUGUGUUUGAGGUUUGGGCGGGGGGGCAGGUGUUUAAAUAGUGCAGUAUUUAGCGAUCAUAAGAGUGUGACAGUGAGUCAGUCCAGUUGAAGUGGUGCUAAAAGAAUGACUGUCAUGGGUCUACUGAUGUUGACAUCAGCCAGACACUGAACAGAAAAACAACCCUCCCACAGCUCCAUACAUGACAUGUCCUUUCAGAGAAAUUACCUUCACACAAUACCCUCUACCACACGGUGGACGUCGAACGGCAGUGAGGUGCUCAUUUGUCAAAUUCUCUAUCAAUAAAGUCUACUUUCUUCA